AUUAUGGUGUUUCUAGGUAAGGAUAUUAGAAAUAAUUCAAAUAUUAAAAAACUACCUCCACCACCAGAAGAUUACUAUUUAAACUAUGAUUACGAUCUCGCAAACAAUUCUAAUGAUGUAGCGUUUAAGUCCGACUCACUAAUACUACCAAAUCCAGAAAGUUUGGAUUCCAAAUAUACGAUAGACAUUUUGCCCAAUAUUGAACUGCCCGAUGAUUCUCUGGCGGACUCGGACUUAAAAGAUCACAAUUUCAUCGAUAACAUCAUGUACGUCUAUUACGGAUCUCAUAAUAGGAAUUUAGGAAAUUAUGGGCCAGAAAUUAUUAUUAUCGGUUCGGUGUUAAGUUGUGCAGCACAGCUGCUUACGAUAUUUUGUGUGCUACUCAAGAAAAAUCAAAAAGGGGACAAAACCAUGAAAUACAUGUUUUUCCAAAUAAUGGGGUCUUUCUGCAUAUCAAACUUAAUCUUUAUGCUAGGAGUUUAUGCAACUAAAAGUAGUACAAAAUGUUUGGUGAUAUCUUUGAUACUACAUUUCCUCCAUCUCAUGACGGCGUUUUGGCUGUUCCUAUACUGCUUCUACGUCUACAGACAGUUCUCCGAUAAAGGACUGGUGAAACUCAAACACUUAAAAAUCAAAUAUUUAAAUAUCGUCGCUUACGACUUACCUACAGUCAUCACUUUGAUUUCGUAUUUCAUAAUGCCGAACAGCUACGAGUCGAAACGCUUCUGCUUCAUAUCGGUCCAGAAAGGUAUGAUCUUGAAUUAUAUGCUACCCGUCUCUAUCUUAAUAAUCCUAACCACCAUAUAUUCCCUGAGCGGCAUUCGAAAAAUCAACAUGGAGCUUUCGAAACUGGAGUUCAACAGUUCCGCGGAAUCCCUGAACGCCUUUCGUAACGAGUUGGAAAUGUUGAAAGAUAAAAAAGACGAGACGACCGACGAGGAAGUACUCAGUCUGCGCGAGUCCAAAUCUUGUCUUAAAUUUUUGUGCAUGAUACAAACCGGCUACGAUAUCGUUUGGUUUGUCGUUGUCUUGGCUCUCGAAAACGUGAAUAAUAGCAACGGGAUGGCGAUAAUAUACGCGAUUACUUCCUGCGUCUUGAAUUGGUACAUUUUCAUAAGACGGAAAAUUUUCCUGCCUGACAUUACCCACACCCCUGAAGCUGUCGAUAAUGUUCAAAAGGAGCAGCAGGAGAAGAGCACGACUACUACAUCGACCGACGUUUCACGGCGGGGUUCUUCAGAUAGCGUACCUUUAUUAAACUCGGACAGUUGUACGGAAAUGAGAGAAUUGCGUUUAGAUCAAAUAAGUACUAUUAGCAACUAG